AUGGAGCACUUCUCCCCUCAGGACACGAAGAACGUCGCCGGACGAGCCGGAGGUGGCCCUUCGCCUGGCCCACCUUCCCAAUAUCCCCAAAGUGGCCGAUUUCAACAGCCCAGUCCUCCAGUCGGGCCCCCCCACUCCCAGCAACAUCAAAUGCCACGAGGAAGCACACCACCGCAGCAACAGGGCGGAGCGCCAGUGCUACCGUCCGGGCCGCCGCAAUUACCUCCGCAACUGUUCACAACUGCUGCGCAACUUUUAGAUUUAACCGACAAGAAACUUGUUCUGAUCCUUCGUGACGGUCGCAAAUUAAUCGGAGUGCUACGAAGCUGGGACCAAUUCGCGAACUUGGUCCUUCAAGAUACGGUCGAACGAGUUUAUUCCGGAAAUCUCUAUGGAGAAGAACCGCGUGGCGUAUAUUUAGUACGAGGAGAAAAUGUCCUUCUCCUUGGAGAGAUUGAUCUCGACAAGGAAGACGAUAUACCUGAACCUUACCGUCAAGCGCCGUACAAGGAAGUUCUUGAGAUGAAGCAACGAGAGGAUUCCGAGCGAAAAAGGACAGACAAACGCCGCGGCGGGAAGCUACAAACCCUUGGGUUCGAGGCUGAACACAGUGGUGAAGUCUUAUUCUGA